UGCUUUAGUGGGCGUAACUUACUUUUUCUGGGGCCUGUCAUUAGCUGCGGGUUGAUCUCAGAGGAUUCCUUUUUUACAGACAGAAAGUAGACUUUGAGAUAAGAUCCACAAUGUUUACCUACAGACGAUGCAAAGAAAAGUUCAGUAUCAUCCAGCCAAUUGGAUCCAAGCUGAGAUAAAGACACUGUGGGGGAAGGUUUGAGGAGCUAACAGACGUUCCACAGUUUGAGGGGAAAGAGGAUGAGGCUAUGUAACCGGGGAAUGAUGAUGCUGCUGACCACGGCGGGGGCUUUCUGCGCCUUUAGCCUCAUGACCAUCGCUGUGGGCACCGACUACUGGCUCUACUCGCGCGGGAUGUGCCGCUCCAAGAACGUCGGGGAUAACGAAACAGUCAGGAAGAACGAGGAGGUGCUGACCCACUCUGGUCUGUGGAGGACCUGCUGCACUGAGGGAACAUUCCGAGGUGUUUGCAAAGACAUUGAUCAUUUUGCAGAGGAUGCAGAUUAUGAGCAGGAUGCUGCGGAAUAUUUGCUACGCGCCGUGCGGGCAUCCAGCCUCUUCCCCAUCCUCAGCGUAGGCUUGUUAUUCCUCGGAGGUGUGUGCGUGGCGGCCAGUGAGUUCUAUAAAUCACAGUACAACGUCAUCCUCACAGCAGGCAUUCUUUUCGUCUCUGCAGGUCUCAGUAACAUCAUUGGCAUCAUCGUGUACAUAUCAGCCAACUCAGGAGACCCCAGCCAGAGCGACAACAAGAAGAGCUACUCUUACGGCUGGUCCUUUUACUUCGGAGCACUGUCCUUCGUGUUGGCGGAGAUGGUUGGCGUCCUGGCAGUGCACGUGUUCAUCGAGAAGCACAGGCAGCUGCGUACUAAAGGACGACCCUCCCUUACCAAACCGCCAGUCUCUCGUAGCUCUUCGCAUUCCCGUAACCGUUACUACCAGAACCGCCCCCGCAGGUACAGCAACAGGAGCAACCACAGCAUUGCCGACUCCACCUCAAACUCCUUACGGGCAUCCCUGGUGCGAGAGCCGUCUCUCUCAUCCGGGUUAAAGGUCAUACCCCCCGCAGGUUUGCCCCCACCGUUGACUGUGAGCUCAGAGUUUAUGCUCUACACGCUGGCCUCUACUCAGAAGGAUGGUAAAAUUGACAUGGCGUUGGAAGGUUUAACUAUGGAAGCUCAGGACAACCCUGACAUGCUGUCUGGGAACUGUGCCGCCAGCAGAAGAAUCACUCCAGUCUGAGCAUUUUUCUUGCUAACAACUUUGCCAGCUUUUGGAAAAACCCAUUCACAAGACGCUAUUGAGGCUGGUAUACAUACAAUACAGUAGGUGUGAUCCCUUCCCCCCUCUCUUCCUACUAGCCUAGAGGAACUUGCUGGAAUAUUACAUAAGACAUGCUACACAGUGUGUUUAACACAACGUCUGUCUCAGGCGCUGAGCAUACUGGACAUUUGUGGAGCUUUAUGAAAUUGGUUAUAAAAUUUAUAUCUGUUUGAAUGUUGUUGGAAUUUAUAUGAAUAAAUAUUUUAUUUUUCAA